CUGAAGCGAUUUAGCACACAUGCAGGUGGCACACCGAGGCAAGCUUCUGAACAUCUCUUGGUUGUCUAACAAGUGUUUAUUGAAAGCCUGCAAGAUACUCGCAACUGUACUAAUUCUGCCCAUUUACAAACCUUCAAGGGACACUGAAUCAUAAGUUGAUAGUUUCAGGCCAUAUUAGGGCUAUGUCCAGGCUUCUACCAGAAUGUAUCAUAAAUAAAUCCCUUAUCAUUUCAAAUCACAAAUUUGUUUUUCCUCAACAUAAAGUCAACUUUACUGGAUGGGUAAGAAACCUUGAAAUUAUCAAGUGCUUAUGUUAGGUGUUAACUUGUAGUCUUUGACUUACCAAAUUUAUGACAAGUCAGCCCCAUUUUUUUUUUUUUUUCCAGAACUUGUGGCAUGCAGUUUCAGCCACUUAAAUGGGAUAAAUCAGGCUCUAAUGAUGGUUCAAAACUGGAGAUACUCUCUUUUCUAUUUUUAAUCCUCUUAGUGACAUCAUUUAUUGUCUACUGGAAAUCAACUUAGGAAAUCAUGUUAGUCCACUAAGCACUUCAGAUAAGGUGAUUCCAUGAAGCAUUCCAACAUUAUCACAAGGAAUUGCUUGCCAUAAAAGAAAAAGAAGUAAGCAGAAUAUGGCCUGCUGAAGGAGUUUACAGUUUUACAGCCCCUCCCACUGCAGCACAUAAGUCACUCAGUUACAGUUAACUUUGGAUUAUCACUCACGGAUUGAAAGCCCAACAGCCAUCACGCAGUCUGGGCCUGUGGUGCCACUUGUAUGUGUGUUUCUAAAUCAAUGAUGAGGGUAUCGGAACCGAUACUGGACAUGGAGAUGGCAAAUUACAGUGAAGUCUUGGACCCCACUUACACAACUUUGGAGUUUGACACUAUGCAGAUUCUGUAUAAUUCAAAUGAUAGUUCUGUCCCAGAGACAACAAGUAUGAAUACCGCAGACAACGGUGUCAACUGUCUGUGUGCCAUAUGUGGGGACAGAGCAACAGGAAAGCACUAUGGUGCCUCCAGCUGUGAUGGGUGCAAGGGUUUCUUCAGACGCAGCAUCCGCAAGAGUCACGUUUAUUCCUGCAGGUUCAGUCGGCAAUGUGUUGUUGACAAAGACAAAAGGAAUCAAUGUAGAUACUGUCGAUUAAGAAAAUGCUUUAGAGCAGGAAUGAAAAAAGAAGCUGUACAAAAUGAACGUGAUAGAAUAAGCACCAGAAGAAGCACGUUUGACGGUAGCAACAUCCCCUCCAUCAACACACUGGCACAAGCGGAAGUUCGGUCUCGCCAGAUCUCAGUCUCAAGCCCUGGUGCGAGCGCUGACAUAAAUGUUAAGAAAAUUGCCAGCAUUGGUGAUGUCUGUGAAUCCAUGAAACAGCAGCUCCUAGUCUUGGUGGAAUGGGCUAAAUAUAUCCCUGCCUUUUGUGAGUUACCACUGGACGAUCAGGUGGCACUGUUGAGAGCUCACGCAGGGGAACAUUUACUGCUUGGAGCUACAAAGAGAUCCAUGAUGUAUAAAGAUAUUUUGCUUUUGGGGAACAACUAUGUUAUUCACCGCAACAGCUGUGAAGUUGAGAUUAGCCGUGUGGCCAACCGGGUUCUAGAUGAGCUGGUCCGACCAUUUCAAGAAAUUCAGAUUGAUGAUAACGAAUAUGCUUGUUUGAAGGCAAUUGUCUUUUUUGAUCCAGACGCAAAAGGGCUAAGUGAUCCAGUGAAGAUUAAGAACAUGCGGUUCCAAGUGCAGCUGAGUUUGGAGGACUACAUCAACGACCGGCAGUAUGACUCCCGGGGCAGAUUUGGGGAGCUGCUUCUGCUCCUGCCCACGCUGCAGAGCAUCACGUGGCAAAUGAUUGAGCAAAUACAAUUUGUUAAACUUUUUGGAAUGGUUAAAAUUGACAACUUACUUCAGGAGAUGUUACUAGGUGGUGCUUCCACUGAGGCUAACCAUCUCCAUCAUCCAAUGCACCCACAUUUGUCUCAAGAUCCAUUAACUGGACAGACUAUACUUUUGGGCUCAAUGUCAACACUGGUGCAUACAGACCAGAUAUCAACUCCUGAAACCCCACUUCCUUCCCCACCUCAAGGCUCUGGACAAGAACAAUACAAAAUAGCUGCAAAUCAAGCUUCAGUCAUUUCACACCAGUCUCUUUCCAAACAAAAGCAAUUGUGAGAGUAUGUUUACUUCUGAACGGCACUGCAUAAAUGUGAAAAGUUGUUGGUCUUAAAAUAUCUCAGGAUAGCACUUUUGGCAGACUCUUGGCCAAGGCUUCUUCAUGGUGCUGUUAUAAAGACAGUAUCCUGUUUUCUUGUUUAUAUGUUCAUUUUGUUUGUUGUUGCUAUUGUUUAAAACCUUUCGAUGCAACCAAUGUAUCACUGAGUUUCAAUGUGUUUGUAUAGUAUAAACCUGUACUGUGCCUGAACCAGCUGAAUCUCAUGUACUACUUUCCUGUGUUGUCUUAUUAUUAAUUUAAAUCUGUAAAUAAUUGCUUUAUGGUGAUGUGAUGAAGAACUAAGUGUUCUUCUUUGAGAACAGUAGAUCAGAAAUCCCAGAUUAAUAUUAAAUGAGCCAAGUUCUUUUUUUUUUUUUUAAUAAAUUUUAAACUUGCAGAUUCGAAAAUUAAAUCGGUUGCUGUAGAAUAGGGUAUAUUUCUUUGAAGAAUCAAUUACAAGCAUCUUUUUGGCCCAUAGUUAAAUAUGCCUAUAAAAGAUUAGAAAAUUAUAAAUAGACAUUCCAAAGAUGACUGGGUAUCGCUUGAAAUCUGCCUAUGUUUGAAGAUGUAUGUUAAAUAAAACGUUAGCUUUAUCAGUUAGGAUACAGGCUAAAUUGUAUUAAAGAAACCCUUAAAAAGAGGCUCAAGCAAGACAGGCAUUUAUUUCCCUGUCAGAAAACAAAUCUAGAAGUAGUCAUUCUUUGACUAGAACUUAGCACAUGCCCACAUCUGGUUCUCAGGGACACUGGGAGUGUAGUCUUUAGACAGAAAGCCUUGUGCCAACAAAACUGUCCAUCUCUGGGAUUCUGAUAUCAGGAGACAAAUUAGCCACCUGUCACAAACAUAUUGCCUCAUUUAGCCCUCCUGUAAAAGAGGUAUUAUUAUCUUUUUCUUAUAAAUUAAGAAACCUUUAGCUUAGAGGAUUUAAAUAACAUAACCAAAGAUCAUUAAACCUAAAGAGGAGGAAAGCCACACUCUAGCCCAGGUCUAAUGGACUUUAAGGAGGAUAAAUUUUUGGUAUGAAAAUGUGAGCUUCUUUCUGUGCUUUUUAAAUAAAUGCAAUUGAGUGAUAAUUGGAUAUUAUCCAUCGUGUUACCUGUUAACACAUAUUUAUAUAUAAAUGAGUUUAAAUUUGUUGCAACAUGAAUAUGAAACCACCUUUGUACCUUUAAUGAAUCUUCUAACUUUAAUGAGUCUUCUUCCUAAAAUAAAAAGAUUUUUAAAACUUUUGAACAAAGAAAAUAAAAUGUAUAGCAGGUAGAUUAUGAUGAAAGUACAGACAAAUUAAAAAUCACUGACAGCAUAGUUUCAAAAAUCCAGUGGACUGAGGAAUAUAGUUCUUUGGAGCCCCAAAUUAUUUGAUAUUAUCUAAAGCUGGAGCUUAUUUUAAAACAAUUAACAGUCUGCCUCAGAAAACAGUGAUGUCUCUCUUUCUCUCUCUCAAAUAAAUACACACACUGUAUUUGCUGAAGCAGAGAAAAACUGGUUUAGUAAUUAUUAAUGAUAUAAAAAGGGUUCCGCAAGCUGCAAGAGACUGAAUUAAAUGAUCUUCACAGAACUUUUCAAAAUUUCUAAGAUUAUGAUUUCAUAGCCCCCACUUACCCUGCAAAUAAAAAGCUUUUGUUAACUGUAACUUCUUAACUCUUAAAAUGGAAAAAUGAUUACUUAGAAGCUAGCAUUGAUUUAAUAGAAUCAAUAAAAUCCCUUUAACAGCUGGUACCUGGAAACUGUAAAAUAUAUCUUUGAGAGAGAGAACAGAAAAAAACUUUAACUCAUUUUUAAAAAGAUUUAUGCUAGCGUCUCUAGUUCAUAAAUAAGAAUGCUUUUGAUUUUUUAAGAUGGAAAUACAUCUUGUAGUUUUCUGUUAUGUUCUUAGAAGAUACUAAAAAAAAAGAAAAAAAACCUUUAAAA